AUGGAAAUUAAUAAUAGUAAUAAUAAUAAUAAUUAUGUUUGUGCACAACAUAAUAGAAUAGAACAUGCCAAUCAUCAUGAUUUACCAGAUAGUGAUUCUGAUUCAUCAUCAAGAGAAGAGGAAUUAAUGAAUAGUAGUGGUGGUGGCAAUGGUAAAGAACCAAUAGGAGAAAAAAAGAAAUUACCAAGUCAUAUUUCAGAAGUUAUCUCUAAUGAAAGAAGAGAAUCAAUUAUUAGAGAACUUCAACAAAUUAAAACUAUAUCAGAUUAUCCAUCUCAAGCCAAUCAAUACAAUUUAAUAGAACCAAUUGGUGAAGGUACAGAGGGUAGAGUUUUCAAAGCCUAUUGUAUACCAUUGAAAGAGAAUGUUGCAAUCAAAGUAGUGGAAUUGGAUAAAAUGGAUCCACAAUUUGUAAAGGAUGUUAUAAAGGAAGUUAAAGUAAUGAAUGGUAAUAAUCAUCCAAACCUCAUUCAUUAUCAUACCUCUUUCUUGGAGAAUAAUCAACUUUGGUUGGUUAUGGAUUAUUUAGGUGGUGGUUCAUUAGCUGACAUUAUGAAAUUUAAAUAUCCAGAUGGUAUCCCAGAGGUGUUGGCAGUAACUGUAUUGAAAUCACUAUUGAAAGGUUUGGAAUACCUUCAUUCUCAUCAAAGAAUUCAUAGAGAUUUAAAGAGUGAUAAUAUUUUAAUUGGUGAAGAUGGUGCAAUUGAGUUGGCAGAUUUCGGUGUUAGUGCAAUGUUUGAAAAGAAUACAUGUUGUAGUAGAAAAACUAUCGUUGGUACACCUUGUUGGAUGGCACCUGAAAUCAUAUCAGAACGUGGCUAUAAUCAAGGCGUUGAUAUAUGGUCAUUUGGAAUCACUGCAAUAGAAUUGAUCAGAGGAAAACCACCAGGUUACGAUUUACCUCCAUCAAAAGUAUUUAUGAAUUUAUUAUUUGGCAAUUCACCAUCACUUCAAGAGGAAGAGGAUAAAGGUGUCUGUAGUCAUCUCUACAAGGAUUUGGUCGAUAAGUGUCUCCAAAAAGAGCCUUCAAAAAGACCAAAUGCCUCCAAACUAUUGGAACAUAAAGUAUUCAAACAAGCAAAGAAAAACAAUUAUAUAGUCUCUCAUUUACUUCAUGGUUUGACUCCAUGUGAAGAUAGAUAUCGUGAAUCAAUGUCACCAGCUUCUUCAAAUACUCCCUCACCAGAUAGUUCAAGACCUUCCUCUCCUGAACAUUAUAAUCAUGGUAAUGUUGUCAACAGUCCAUUACAAAAGAAUAUAAAGCCUUCCUCUUUAAAUAAAUCAUCCUCCUCUUUAGAAUUGAAGAAUAAAAAUUUAAGUAAUCCAGAUUUGGUUAAUAUGCCAAGAGCUGCUUCCCAUCCUGUUGAAUUAAAUGCUUUGGAAUUAAGUUCUGGUAGUGGUCCUUUGUCACAAUCUUCUGAUCUUCCUCAUGGUCAUCUCCACAAAAUUGGUACACCAAAGAAGAAACAUAGUCCAAGUGGUAGUAUAGGUGACAGUCAUGGUUCAAUUUCUCCACCACUUUCUACCUCACCUGAAAAAGAGAGAAAGAAAGGUUUCUUUAAUCAUUUCAGAAGACAUUCAAUCGCUAAAUUAUUUGGUUCACCAAAAGAAGGUGAUCACAAUCAUCAACAUCAUAAAAGUGAAGGUGAUCAUGAGCAUCACCAUUUCCAUUUCCCUUGGAAACAUCAUCACCAUAGUUCUUCUAAUAAUCAUGUCGAAACAUAA